AUGCCUCCGAAUAUAUCUUCACCUACUCUAGCUACCCCCCGACCUAGUUCCUUGAGCUUGAAAGCCCCCGCUGUUGAUCAAAUCCAACAAGACUCGAACUCGAUGAAAAUGGGAUUAGAGAAAUCCCAAGUAGAACAGCAACAGAGGGAGAACCAAGUCCGCCAGGAUGAACAGGAUGGCCUGAUAAAUGGGAUUGAUGGCCGUAUCACACCUACAGCAGAUAGUCAUAGUAAUCCAAGCUUAGCUUCUUCAACCAGUUCAAACUUACCUUCUCCGAAUCCAACUACCAUAUCUUUACUUAGUCAAAGUACCAAUCUGUCAAACUCAAAUACGAAUACGAGUUCAACGAAUCCACCUACUUUCACAGCCAAUAUUUCUCAUCCAGCUGAAUUCGGUUUAGGUACAUUACAAGUUGAAGAUCAAAUGAAAUUGGCUUUACAAUCAAAAGAUAGAAUAUUCUUAUUAGUUUUAUCUAAGGAAUUUGAAUCUUUCAUUAAUAAGUUAUCUUCUGGUCAAAUCACCUCACAAUCAGAUAUAAAUAUAAAUACAAAUGGAAAUGGUGAUUCCAAUUCGACCAAUCAAGUUCAAACGCCAACCACGUCAACUUCGAUCAUGGCUGCACUAGGUCCAAGUAUAUCAAUAGGCGUUACACCUACAAGUAAAUUUCAAAGAAUGUUGGUAUAUAAAACUGCAGAAUGGUAUGGAUUGAAAGCUGUUCCAGCUCAAGAAGGUGGAAUGAUCGUUGGUGUUCUUGGAACUCUCAACGAAAAGAGUACCCACUUGAAGUUAUCCGAACUUGUUCCUGCUGCACCUUCUACAACGCAGAAAUUCCGAAUAAUGCAGAGAGCACCGCCGAGUGAUGCGUCAGGAAGCUCUUCUCCUUCUUCGACGGAUCGUGCGCCUAAAUGGAAGACUUUGGAAGAGAGAGAAGCUGCAUAUGCCGCUGCAAGAGAGAAGAUCUAUGGCAAGUCAUUAGAAGCAGGUGAAUCGAUUAACGGAAACAUUGACAACCCACCGAACCCUCCUUCAAAUUUGGAUGAAGAGGAAAUAGAUCCUGUACCAAGACAGUUGUACACCGGUGGUGGUACACAAUUCGAGGUCGUGUAUCCUUCUCUCUAUCACCCACCAAAGCCUGAACCUCAUGUUCCACCACCGAACCCAAAUAUAACUCCUAAUCCUUCAAUCCAGUACCAAAAUCAAUCGGUUAAUGGUCACGGUUAUCAGUCAACUUACGCUCAGUAUCCACAACAAGUCGAUAUGAACGGUUAUCCCAUCAUAACUUCACAAGCGUACGCAUCACACCAGAUGCCUCCUCCUCAACAACAACAACAGCAGCAACAAUCAUACGGAGUUAUGGCACAAGGAUAUAUGGACAAUGGUAGUGGACAAGGGGUUUAUACGAUAUCUCCUCAACAGAAUGGAUAUGCUCCUUCAGUAUGGCAACAGCCGCCUCAACAAAAUGGUGGCUAUAUAGGACAGGUUUUACCACCUAAUCAACAGCAAUACACGAUGAUACCACCGCAGCAGAAUGGGAUGAACAUACAACAAGGAUGGCAAUAUCCUGCACAGAUGAUGAGUCAACAACAACAGCAACUCCAACUCCAACAACAGCAUAGAAUACAGCAACAACCAAUGCCAAUGAUACCUCAAGGUAUGCAGUACAAUCCAUCAUACGGCUACCCUUCGCAGCCUCCUUCUCAACAAGCACAACCAGUACCUCCUUAUCGGCAAGCAAGCUAUCCUCCAUUAGCUCAACCUACACCUAUGAGACCAACUAUGCAACCUCAUAGCUCAGCGUCAAGUAGUAUAUCUUCUAGAUCUUAUCAAGAUGGUUCCAGACCGCAUUCGAGAGGUUCCACAACUAGUACAAGAUCAGCAGCCAGUAGUGUGCGUCUAGGGGCGAUGUAUCCCGCUAGUCAAGGUCCGGGAUAUAGACAGAAAGCUAUGAAAGGCCAGGGAAUGAAUGGAUUGACAAGUCUAGGCUUAGGUACGGAGAAUAGUGCUAAAAGAAAUACAAGAGGUCAGAGUCCUUCAUCAACAACAACAACAUCAUCAAGGUCGUCAAGAAGAACAAGUUCCAUCCAGCUUGCCCCACCUUCAUCAAAUCAACACCAACUACCACAAAGACCAGAUUGGGCAGCAAACAACGUACCGUAUCAUCCCUCACCUUUACCUAUACCAGGAUUGAACGGUAAUUCCAAUGCAAAUGCACCAAGCGCAGUUGAAUUUCCACCUUUACUAAGGCAAGGUCAAGGAACCAAUGCUGAACCAAUGCAAGUCGAAAGGGUCAAGAUGAAACCAUCAGUUUGGAAUGGAACGGGCGUAAGGACAAUACAACACAAUACUUCCUCUUCGAUAUCAUCAUCAUCAAAUGGUCAUGUAAAUGGUGGCGAGACUAAGGAUAUCACUAUCUUACCUUCGAGAACACGUACACCCGGCUCAGCCUCGGGAUCGGGAUCAGGGCAUAAUCCUGUAAAUCAGAUACAGUCACAGUCACAGUCACAAUCACAAGAUACAAUAGAUCCUGAUUUCCCAAGAAGGGUACCAACGAAAUCACAACCUACACUCUUCGAUCCUUCAACCUCUACAUCACGACAACCUCUAUCAAACUCAAGACCUUCUUCAGUCAAUACCAAUAAAUCCAGUCGACCACAAUCCGCAUUGACAAGCACGAAUACAACAUUAUCACCAGAAGAGAUCAUCGAAGCCAAAUUGGCUCAAGUCAGCAUAAAUAAUGGUGUACCUAUAGGCGCACCUGCUUCGUCAUCCAUUUCUUCUGGUGGUAGAGGAGGAAACGUAGAGAAAAGUUAUGCUAAAGUGGUAAGAAGAAUUUGA